GUGAUAUCGUGACAUUUUGAUUGAUUACAACUGUACAUUUAACAUUCAUUACUUUUUAAACAUUUCAACUUAUAAGUUAUACCCCCUUCCGGUUUAACUGCCUGCAUAACGUUCGAGCCACGAGUAGGGAAAUAAUAAGGACCAAAGACCCCAAGGAUUUUAAAUAGACGGACCAGACGGACCAGACGGACCAGACGGGGUAUUUAUGACAUGAAUGCCUGACUAGCAAACACUCGCAUGAAUCUCGAACCCGAUCCCACGUUUCACACAACCACUCUCCUUGAAGAACCAGCCUUUUCAAGACCUUGUCAAAGACCUUGUCUACCACCACUCUACCCCAGAAUCGAUAUCUAAAACAGUGACACUAAAGAUAGCCGAUCCGACGCGAACUUCAAGACAAUACAGAAUACAAUCAACCAUCAUAACCCAAUAUGGCAGACUACGGCCGCCAUUCUCAAGAACUCGCUACUCCGCAACUGCCAGAAUAUGAACGAGGUCGCAGCAUGUCUCUAGGAAAUAAUCCCAACUCUAAUUCCGCCCCCGAAGAUGGCGCCGCUACUUCGCCAAACGGCGCUGGGGCCGAUGGGCUUGAAGUUACGACAUCUCGUCCCAACUCGGCCGAACCAGAAACACCUAAAGAGGUGCAAGAGGUGUUGGCAUCAGAUAUCGGUGUUUCCACGAUGCUGAAUAGACUGAAGCAAAGCAUCACAGCCGCCAAGGAAUUUGCUACGUUUCUGAAGAAGCGAUCCGACCUGGAAGACCAACAUGCCAAAGGCAUGAAAAAGUUAUGUAGGACGACACAGGACAACAUCCACCACAUGGACCACAGACAAGGGUCGUUCGCGCAGUCUUACGAUGAAAUGCUUAUGAUACACGACCGUAUGGCGGAGAAUGGGAUACAGUUUGCGUUGUCUUUACAUCAGAUGCACGAAGAUCUACUCGAAGUGGCCGCGGUAGCUGAGAAACACCGCAAGGGGUGGAAACAGAGUGGCCUAACAGCAGAACAACGCUUGACCGAUGUUGAGAAUGCGAUGAAGAAGUCCAAGGCAAAGUACGAUUCGCUGGCUGAGGAGUACGACCGGGUGAGAACGGGCGAGGCAAGACAAGGGCCUAGGGUUUUCGGCAUCAAAGGUCCCAAAUCAGCGGCGCAACACGAAGAGGAUCUUCUGCGUAAGGUUCAAGCAGCUGACACGGACUACAUGGGGAAGGUUCAGGCGUACCAGUCUGAGAAGGCAACCGUGGAAACUUCGACACGUCCAGAAGCCAUCAAGGCAAUACAUGAUCUCGUCAGAGAAUGCGAUUCUGGCACCACCUUGCAGAUGCAGAAGUUUGCCUCGUUCAACGAAAAGCUACUGCUGAGUAACGGUCUGGUGAUCAGUCCCCUCAAGAGUGUUACGCAACCAGGACAACAUUCGCGUAGCUUAAAGGAAGUCGUCCAGGGCAUCGACAACAAGAAGGACCUCGAGAACUAUAUCAUCAGCUUCCAUAGCAAGGUUCCGCCUCAGUCAUUAGAGGCAAAAUACGAAAGGAAUCCUGUCCUCAACCCGCAACAAAACACGUCCAUGAAUCAGCUAUCGCAAACUCAUCAGCCCGGACGACCGCAGUCUCAGCAACAAGUAUCUCCCAUGCAACCACCAGGUUCAAUGGGCUCUCGGACUGGAGGUUAUGAUAAUGUGACCUCUCCCUCGGGGUUCCAAGGACCAACUCGGGAUUUCACCACUCCCCCUUCAAUAGGUCAACCUCAACGACCACCAUCAGGAUCGGGGCAUGAGAGAAGCUUCAGUCAUGGCGCAAUGCUUAACCAAGCUAGCAUGCAGCCUCAGUCACAAUACAACGCACGAAACUCUAUACAAGCGCCUCCGCCCCAGUCCCGGUUUGGCGGAUUAGGGGGUCCGCCACAGCUUGGAGCUCUGCCAUUUCAAAAUCAGUCAGCUCCAAGACAAAGUCCUACACAACCAGGUCCAUCGAUGGGGUUUCAACCUCCAACACGUGUAGAACAGUCUCCAGCACGCUCAAAAUCACCUCCUAAUACCGUAGCCCCCAAGGCCGAGCCAACGAUCUCACGUGGACCAGUUUUUGGUAUUUCUCUCGAACGACUGUACGAUAAUAGCAGGGGACCCGUGCCGAUGGUCGUUUCCCAGUGUAUACAAGCCGUUGACUUGUAUGGUCUUACUGUAGAGGGUAUAUACAGAUUAUCUGGCUCGUCAGCUCACGUGAACAAGUUGAAGCACUUGUUUGACACUAACGAGGACGCGCCGAUCCUAGAUUUCCGUAAUCCGGAGAACUUUUUUCACGACGUGAACAGCGUGGCCGGUCUACUCAAACAGUUCCUUCGAGACUUACCAGACCCGUUGCUAACGUCGGAACACUACGCCGGGUUUAUCGAGGCAGCCAAGAAUGAAGAUGAUACGGUGCGUCGCGACUCGCUGCACGCCAUCAUCAACGCGCUGCCCGACCCCAACUACGCCACGCUACGAGCUUUGACGCUGCAUCUCCACCGUGUCAUCGAGCACAGCGCCGUCAACAGAAUGAACUCCCAAAACCUUGCUAUCGUGUUCGGACCUACGCUCAUGGGCACUGCCCCUGGGAGCAAUAUCCAGGAUUCCGGGUGGCAGGUCGGGGUUGUGAAUACGAUUUUGCAGAAUACGUAUCAAAUUUUCGACGAAGAUUAAGACUAAGACUAAGAUAGAAGAUCAAAAGAGGGGGGGCAAGUCGUGUUUAGGUAUGUACCUAUAUGUAUGUCAAGAUGUAUGAAGAUGAAGGAAAGAAAAGAAAAGAAGAAAAGGAGAAGACGGGUGCUGCUGCUGAUGAACGAUGAUGGGUGUUGGUAUUGAUAAUUUCUAAGUUGAGUCGGGUACCUAUCUGGCUACCUACCUAGCAAGAGAGAAAGAGAAAGAGAAAGAGAGUAAAUGAAGACAAAGAAAGGGGUAGGAGUAGGAGUCUAAAGAAGAAAGUAACCUCGAAAUUCUCGAUACCGAGUUCAAAAGCGGUUGAAAGCAUUGUUGAAGGUUUUUAGGUAGUUGAGGUGUGGUACAUAUUGGAACCUCCGAAGAGCACCUUUGGAAUUUGGAAUUUCAAACCGUCUCGGGGUAGGCCGGGAUGGGAGUAAUGAAUAAUCUUUUUUUUUUCUUCUUGCUUGCUUGCUUGUUUCUUGCUUCGUCUUCUUUGGGUGUUGUGGACUGUCUAUUGCCUACAUAGUAAGUACCUAUUGUCUAAUCUGGAUGAGUAGGUAGGUAGGUAGGUAGG